UGACUUUAGAUCUCUUUCAUAUAAUUACAAUAAUAAAAGAAGCCUACCUUUUGGAAUUUUCCAAUUCGGUGCUAAAUAAAAAAGAUACAAAGCUGAAAAUAACUUAUAGGAAAUUAAAUAUUAACAUUAAAUGCAAUUGGAUUGGACUGGCUGGCAUUUCAAAAUUUAAAUAGUCAUCAAAGAAUAAAGGCUUAGUCAGAAUAGUUUAACAAUAUAUCAGCAUCCUGGCGAAAUCUACAGCAAAUAUGAGACGCAGUAAUUAUCCCUACCAACCUUUAAAUCAAAACCCCGGUCCGACGUCCCACGACGCCCUGGAAGAGGACAAUGAACGCGCAGCCGAAGAAUUGAAACAGAAAAUUGGGGCAUUGAAAUCGCUCACCAUAGAUAUUGGCAACGAAGUUCGGUAUCAAGACAAACUACUGCGAGGAAUAGACGACGAUAUGGAUAGGACCCAAGGGUUUUUAGGAAAUACCAUGGGUCGUGUGGUGAGGCUUGCGAAAAAUGGUGGUAGCCGACACAUGUGUUAUAUGUUCUUGUUUGUGGUAUUCGUAUUUUUGCUAUUGUAUGUUGUAUUAAAAUUAAAAUAAAUGUAUAACCAUAAUAAAAAUA